AUGGCUUCAGAAACGAACUGGGCUCCAGUUUCACAAUGGAGCUCGGAACAACUCCAAGCAAUUUGGUCUCAACUCCAAGCCCAGGUGAAUCCAUUCGGACAGGUACUGUGUUUGAGUGGAAACCUCUUCCGAAUGCUGGACAAUGGAGCAAAGAAUUUCAUUGCCCAGAACUUCAUAAAUCAUGUCAAAGAGCCGGUGUUAUUUUGCAUCGACGGAACAGGCCCUGAUCGCGUCUUCUUGGGGGCCCCUCGACACUUCGUUGCUGGUGGUGGCAUGCUGAUUCAACCUGGUCGAUCGGAUCCAUUUUGGAUAAUUCGUACUGAAGCAAAAUUAAGAGCUGCAACGAUAUGUGCACCUACCGUGUCCACAAAAACCACGAAGAUACCACGCCCUCCAAAUGCUUAUAUUCUUUAUCGAAAAGAACGACACAACAGCGUGAAAGACGCAAAUCCUGGCAUUACAAACAAUGAAAUUUCUCAAAUCCUCGGUCGGGCAUGGAAUCUUGAGUCUCGAGAUGUGCGUCAAAAGUACAAGGAUAUGGCCGAUAGAGUCAAACAAGCUUUGCUGGAAAAACACCCUGAUUACCAGUACAAACCUCGCAAACCAUCCGAAAAAAAGCGACGGACAAGAAGAAAUGCACACUCACGGGGGUUGACAGGCUCAGGAGACUUUACAGCUUCGUCACCGGAGAGCAUGAUUCCUCUUAGUGCAAACUCGGCCGAUCCAAAUGACCAUAUCUAG